CAUCAUCAUCAUCCUUCACUCAACUUGUCAAAUUUCCACUCAUUACCACACCAUUCAACAGUCUUUAUGAAUCCCUCUUUCUGGUAUCCUCCAAAUAUGCUCCAUUUUAUCAUUAGUUUCAGAGAUACAGAGAGAAAAUGGGGCAUGGAAGCUCGAAACCAAGCGUUACAGACUCCUCUGAUGACUCCACUACUGAGGGUUCGAAUCGUUCCUCCUCGCUCUUCUCCCGACUCCACAUUCAUCGUCACCACCGCCGCCUCCGUCUCCACCGCGGCGGCUCCGGCAGUCACAGUGGCUCGCAUUCGAAAUUGCACGCCGCCGAGGAUUUCGCUGGCAUCGCUCUCGUCAAACUCAUCGGUGCUGAGAUGAAGUUCAAGGACAAGUGGCUUGCUUGUAUUUCUUUCGGAGAACAGACUUUCCGUACUGCCAUAUCUGAUCACACGGACAAGCCAAUUUGGAACUCUGAGAAGAAACUUCUUUUGGAAAGAAAUGGGCCUCGUGUUGCAAGGAUAUCUGUAUUUGAGACCAAUAUAUUGUCCAAGAACAACCUCGUUGGAUAUUGUGAAAUUGAUCUAUAUGAAUUUCUCACUCGGGAUUCAGAUUCUGACUCAGAGAUGUUUGAUUUGUUAGAUCCAUCUUCACCUGACAUAAUCGUUGGCAAAAUUUCCCUUUCCUGUUCUGUUGAGGAUCCAAUUGAAACAGAAAAAAGUUUUGUAAGACGCAUCUUGGCUAUAGUGGACUACAAUGAAGAUGGGAAGCUCUCAAUCUCCGAGUUCUCAGACUUAAUUGAUGCAUUUGGCAAUCAACUGGCAGCUGAUAAGAAAGAAGAGCUUUUUAAAGCAGCUGAUCAGAAUGGGGAUGGUGUUGUUAGCAUGGAUGAGUUGGCUAUCCUUCUUGCUAUUCAACAAGAAAAGGAACCACUUAUCAAUUGCUGCCCUGUAUGUGGUGAAAUUCUUGAAGUUUCAGAUAAGUUGAACAAUAUGGUUCAUUUGACCCUGUGUUUUGAUGAAGGGACUGGAAACCAGGUUAUGACUGGGGGAUUCUUGACUGAUAAACAAGCUUCAUAUGGGUGGAUGUUUAAGCUAAGUGAAUGGGCCAAUUUUUCCUCUUAUGACAUCGGUUUGAAAUCUGGGUCAAGAUCUUCGCAUAUUGUGGUUUUUGAUCGGAGGACAAAGAGGCUAGUGGAGGAAUUAAUUGAUGCAAAGAUUGUUUUAUCGAUGAGAGCCAUUUAUCAAUCUAAAAUAGGGCUUGGCCUUAUGGACACAGGGGUGAAAGAACUUUUGCAGAGCAUCUCGGAAAUGCAGGGAAAGAAAAUGAAUUCAAUUGAAUCAGCUAAAGAUAUACCAGAGUUCAUUGAAUUUUUUAAGGAUCAAAUCAAUUUGACUGAGAUCAAGUACCCAUUGGAACAUUUCAAGUUUCUAUGCAUGCAGACAUUUAAUGAAUUUUUUAUAAGAGAGUUAAAACCUGGUGCAAGACCAAUUGCUUGCUUGGAACGUGAUGAUGUUGCUGUAUGUGCUGCCGACAGCCGUCUAAUAGCAUUUAGAAAUGUUGAAGAUAGUACAAGAUUUUGGAUUAAGGGUCGAAAGUUUUCUAUUCAAGGUCUUCUGGGGAAAGAAAUAUGCUCUACUGCUUUCAUGGACGGAUCCUUGGUGAUAUUCCGAUUGGCACCACAGGAUUAUCAUCGAUUCCAUUUUCCAGUAUCUGGAACCAUUGAACACUUUGUCGAUAUACCCGGAUGCUUAUAUACAGUUAACCCUAUUGCCGUGAAUAGCAAGUACUGCAAUGUGUUCACUGAGAAUAAGCGGGUGGUGUCUGUUCUUUCAACUAAAGACUUCGGAAAGGUAGCAUUUGUUGCAGUUGGUGCUACCAUGGUUGGCAGCAUCACUUUUACAAAGAAGAAGGGUGAUUAUAUCCAAAAAGGAGAUGAGUUUGGAUAUUUCUCAUUUGGUGGAAGUACUGUCAUCUGCGUCUUUGAAAAGGAUACAAUAGAGAUAGAUGAGGACCUCGUCGCGAAUAGUGCUAGAUCACUAGAGACCUUGGUUUCUGUUGGAAUGAAGUUGGGUGUCUCCAUAAAGAAAGGUCCUGAAACUGGGUUGCCAAACUUGGAGAAAUGUGUUUUAGAGGUCGUUCUGUAUAAAUUGGACCAGAGGUUGUUCUGAUAUGAUUGAACCUGAGGUCGUUCUCAUAUGAUUGGACCAGAGGUCGUUCUGUUAUAACUUGGACCUGAGGUGAUCAACAAGGAGAUCAAUCGUAAAGUCAGCUGAAGGAGUUACUUUUUGUGAACCUGUGAUGUCAUGCCUCCAAAUUAAAGCUUUUGUAUUUUCUUUUUAAGUUUUUGUUUUUUGUAAGUUGAGUUUUGGAUGUUUGAACUUAAUGUAUGAAGAUUAUCUAAUGUAUAUAUUCUAUGCAUGGGUUCAAUGUUAAGAAUAAGAAAUGUUUUACCUUUAGCA